UAUUGACAAAUCAAACGUCAAAUUGCUUAAGUUUAUUUUGGGGAUAGUAUCUUUAUAAUUUAGAUCUCAUUUAUUUUUAAACAUGGCUGAUGGCGAUAACGUAUCAACAUUUAGCGCUGAUGGUGGCCAAGAUACAGUUGGUUUACCCAGAAUAGUAAUGGUAACUGAGGGUGAUGACACUUCAGCCUCAUCUGCCUCGUCUACCUCAUCAUCCGAAGACAACUGGGGGGAUUUGAUAAAGUCUUCUGAAAUCCCUCCAGAAUACUGGCACAUACAAAAACUAGUCAAGUAUAUGAAAGCCGGUAACCAAACAGCUACUAUGGUGGCACUUUCCUGCUUAAAAGACCACGAUUUAACAGUAGAAGUGAAUCAAAGAGCGAUACAAGAAAUUGGUGGAUUAGAGCUUCUAGUCAAUUUGCUUGAAACACGAGACUUAUGCUGUAUAGUGGGCGGGCUAGCUGUUUUGAAAGAUAUAACGCCGAAUAUGGAAAUUAGAAAAAAAGUUACGGAUCUUGGCGCGAUACCGUUACUGGUUGGGUUAUUAUCAGAUCCCGCAAGAGAUGUGCAGAUAUUAGCUGCUGAGACUAUUGCAAAUCUAGGAAAAAUUCGUAAAAGUAGAAAAUUUUGCCGAAAAUUCGGAGGACUGCCCAAACUAAUAGACUUGCUGGAUAUUAAAGAGAAAUGUCUAAUAGCACCACGAGAGGAACUAACCCAAGACGAGUUACAGUUUCUUGACAUCGCAAGAGCUGGUGCAAAAGCUCUUUGGUCUAUGUCAUCGUCACAAAGAAAUAGAGAAGCGAUGAGAAAGUACGGUAUGAUACCAUUGAUAGCAAGAAUGUUGAAAACAAUUCAUCUUGAUGUAGCUAUUCCAGCCGUUGGGUUAUUACAAAUGUGCGCAAAUGAAACGUCCUUCCAACUUGCCAUUCAGACCGAAAAGAUGGUGGAAGAUCUAAUUAAACAUUUAGCUAAUGAGGAUAAAGAUUUAAAGACAUACUGCAGUUUAGCAAUCUUCAAAUGUGCAAACGAUCCUAUUACAAGAGAUAUGAUACGUGAAGCAGGAGCUUUAGAAUUCUUAGUAGAGGCCGCUCAAGAUAGCACAAACAGACCCAAUAAGCCUCUACUGGCAGCUGUGACGGGUGCCUUAUGGAAAUGUGCUAACAGUGAUGCAAGCGUAAGGAAAUUGGACACGCUUGGCGCAGUUCCGAUACUUGUUAGAUUACUCGACGACGAAAACGAUGGAGUUCUUACAAAUGUCGCUGGAGCACUUGCUGAGUGCGCUAAAUACCCACCGAACCGUAAUAAGAUUCGAUCAUCCGGUGGAAUUCCUAUGUUAAUACACCAUCUGAAUAAUACCUACAAGCCCCUGUUAGAGAAUGUACCUUUGGUGUUAAUGGAAUGUGCAAAGGAGCAGAAUUGUAUGUAUGAGAUCGAUAACCUUGAUGGCGUAAGGCUAGUUUGGUCACUCCUAAAGAAUGAUUCCAAGAAAGUUCAGACAAACGCUGCGUUAGCGUUAAGCCCUUGCGUUCAAAAUGCAGCAGAUUCUGGUGAAAUGGUUCGAUCCUUUGUUGGGGCUUUAGAACUGACGGUUGAUUUAUUAGACUCAGAUGAUCAUAACGUUCUGUCAGCAGUAUGUGCCGCUAUUGCAACAAUUGCAAAAGACAAUGAAAACUUGGCGGUAAUUUCUGACCACGGUGUGGUUGGGAAACUGUCUAAAUUAGUGAGUACUACAGAUGACCACCUUCGCGCCAAUUUAGGUGUUGCCAUCGCGUACUGCUGCGAUUGGGCACAGAACCGGCAAGAAUUUGGCAAACGGGGUGCCAUUACACCACUUGUCAACUACAUGACCUCAAGAGACUCAAAUGUCCAUAGAGCUACUGCUUUAGCUCUCUAUCAUCUAUCGUUCUAUUCUGUCAACUGUGUCACUAUGCAUGCGGCUGGUGUUGUACAAUUUCUGUUGGAAACAAUAGGCUCCAAGGAUCCGAUCUUGCAAGAAGCCUCUGCUGGUUGCCUUUGUAAUAUUCGAAAGUUGGCACUCGCCACAGAAAAAGUCAAGCUUAAACAAUAGUUGCUUUGUAAAUCUGAUAAGCAUUUGGAUUUACAAUACCUACGGAUUAAAAUAUAAUUUAAUGAUAUUCAUCGUUUACUCGAUAGAGUUUAAUCGGUUAGAGGUAUUUUAAUGGAAGUCGAAAUUAUUCACAAGCAUAGGCAAGCAAUUCUCAAUUCGAUUCUCCAGAAUACACUGACAACAAUGUUUCAGUGAAACACUCUUUAUCACAUAAAGGAAGGCAGUAUCUAAGUUCAUGCGCUAAUAUAAUUAUUAACCGACAUGAUAACCCUUUCGGACAUCAUAUUGCGUUCUUAUUUAGUAUUUCAAUGAUUAAUAUAAUUUUCUUAAACAUACUACAAAUAGUAUGAUGUAACUUAAUGUAAUACAACGAUGUACUUAUCUAUCAUUAUAAAAAUUCAAUUACCUUCACGAAUUGCUUUGUAUAUUACAAUAGAUUUAAAAAAAAACUCACGUUCUUGGGAACCGAACAGAUUUGAACGAGUUAUACAUAACUUUACUUGGUUCUGUUCAGAAGGAAUAAAUAAAAUACAUGAUCUGUCCAAAAAAAAUCUGUUAUUGUUGUUAUAUUUGAUUAUAAAUUUAAAAUAUUUCAUCACAGCUCAAGUUAAGUUUUAAUAUAAAUUUUAUAAUUUAGACUGUUAGGAAUCUACAUAUUAGUGGUUUUUCCUACUACAUAUUUAAGACUACAUAAACCAUAUAAUGUGAUUUUGUACAGAGUCCCCUUGACUAAAUGUAACAAUAUAAAAAUCCCUUUCAUAAAAACUAAGUCAGUGUCAUUGCAGUCUUUUAGCUAAACUACAGUAGAAGAAAUAGGAGUCAACAACUUUAUUUUAGAAUUGCUUUCGAUUAUGAACACAUGUUAUAAAAUUUUAUUUACAUUGAUGAGAAGAGUUCCAUGAUUUAUUGUACCACAAAGACA